AUGGCGAGUGUAACUGGACUCCGUGUGAUUGUGGCUGGUGCAGCUACGGGUGUUGGAGCCGGCACAGCCAAGCUCCUCGCCGCCCGCGGGGCCAAAGUCGUUGUGGCUGACAUCAACAUCGCCGCCGCCAAGGAAGUCGGCGAGGAGAUCACCAAGUCCGGCGGCAGCGCCAUUGUUGUCGAGUUUGACCUCGCAGACGAGGACUCCAUCAAGGCCCUGGUUGAGAAGAGCACCGAGUGGCUCGGCGGGCUCGACAGCUUGCUGAACAUCGGUGCCGACCUCAGCCCCCAGACCCUGGGCAACGACACGUCUGUCCUCGACAUGGACGCCGCGAUCUGGCAACGAACAUUCUUGGUCAACACCACUGGCUAUGCUUUGACAACAAAAUACUCGCUGCCCCACCUGAAGAAGGCGGGUGGUGGCACCAUCAUCAACAUCUCAAGUAUGGGGGGUCACUUCAUGGGUACUCCGGAACCCAUCCGAGUGGCAUACGCGGCCUCGAAAGCAGGUGUACAUGCUCUCACACGCCACACUGCCGCUACGUACGGCCCCGACAACAUUCGCUGCAACACAGUCGCCCUUGGUCCCAUUUUGACCGCCGCUUUAGAGAGAGGUAUAGCAGCAAGCCCCGCGAUGCAGGAGGGACUGAAGAGAGUCCCGCUUCGGAGACUUGGAAAGCUGGAGGAGGUUGGUGCCCUGUUGGCGUUCAUGAUCUCGUCUGAUGCGGCGUACAUUACGGGCGAUAUUUGGGCUAUUAACGGAGGAACCCACGUCAUGACCUAUUAG